UGUCAGAGGUGUUGUUCAUCUCUAGAGUAAUCAUUUUAAUAUGAAUACGCAAAGAUGAUCUAAUCGAGGUAACAAAGUAAAAAAAAAGUUAUGUGAUCCUCUUGGCAGUGUGUAUUGACGUGCUCGGCCUCUUCCAUCAACGGCGCGUGUGGUUCGUUACGCUCGACAAACAACAAAGCUUGCUUACUUAAAAAAAAAAAAAUCUGAAAAUAAAAUAAGUACUCCACACGUUGUCAUGGUGCCUCAAUGAGCAAUUUGUUUACGCGAAUUCUAUCGUGAAGAAGAAAGAAGAUAAUCAUGAGUACGAAGACACUGAGUGCAGUGGCGGACGACUACUUUUACAGCAUCAAUCCACUGGCCAAGAGGAUAGGCGAGGAUGUGACUGCGACCAAGGAUGCCUACGAGGGUCUGUGGAACACUCUAAGUCCCGAGGAACGCAACCAAGCUGUCGACGAGACCAUCAUUCAGCCCGAAGUUGCUCUUAAAUACGCCUCCAAUAAGUUGGAGUCCUCCAAGGACUAUCCGGACUAUUAUCCCAAGCUGAGGAUACAGACAGGACUGAAGUACAUGAUCGAUGAAACUGGCUCUACGCUGAGAUGGAAGGACGAACACUCGGCUCCGUUCUCCUUCAUGACGCAGUCCCAGAUGAAUUUCGAUUGUUUGGACCAAAUGGGAGACUUGCACUCCAAAAACAUGUCUAGUUAUAUAUCGGAUAAGUCGCAUUUUUCAAACAGUUGUAAUUUGAGUAAUUUGAGGAACGGGGAUGAUUCGUUGGAGGAUAACUACAGUUCGCCAUCCAGCCAGAUUAGCUUUUAUCAGACCGAAAACUAUUCUGAUACCAUAUUUUCUACCGAGGACUGCAGUACCAUUCGCAGUAGUUGUGUCGACAGUGAGACCUCUGAGGGCAUGUUUGCAAAGUUGAUCAACAAGACGUCUUUGUUGAAGAUUCAGCAGAACAGUUCGGAUGAUGAUAUGGAAAAUUUGGUACCUCAAAAAAAGACCAAGUCUUAUGCCAAAGCUGCUGAUGAGAAUAAAAUGAAUAUCAGUUUUGGUGGACAUCUCAAGGCCAAUGAUAUUGAAUCAACUGCCCUUCUUGAUACUCCUAGCUCGUACAGUAGUUAUCAGUCGUCGCAGCUCAAUCAAGAGCCAGAAAUUCCAAAAACUGGAUUUGAAUUUUUAGACAAUUGGUAACUUUUUCUUCAAGAAAAAACUAGGUGCUUAGUAUCUAGAAUAUUUAUGUCCGUCAUGAUAUAUAAUAAUUAGAGUAGCAAUAUUCAGUAGUAAAGCAGUAUAAACUUUUAUUCUCAAACGUACAUUUUUGUACUGUAAACUGCUGUAUUUUUAAUUAUCUAAACAGUAUUUUAAAUCAGGAUAAAAUGUGCGAAAUAAUUGAUAGACAAAAAAAACAUUAAAAUAAAAGUAUUUUUAGUACUGCAAUAAAACCAUGACUAACUGAGUAACAGGAUUCACACAUAAAUUCUGUAAUUACUCUUUAAAAGGUAAAUAAAACUAUGUAGUUUUGUGAAUGAUAUCAUGGUUUGUGGUAUUAAUUAAUUUUUAUAAACCGUUUACCGAUUCGAUAAAACUGCAAUAAAGACUGCUUUAUACCUCCCAUACUUAAAAUAAAAGACUGUAGCUGUGUUGUUUCUGUUUCAUAGAUGUGAGAAAAAUACUUUGCAUAGAAAUAGUACAAAUUUAUAUACGUUUUAAUGUUAACUACAGACCAAUGCGCAAGUCAUGUAAUCUUUUUCAUGAACGAUUGA